AUGGCUGAAAAAUUGCAUGAAACGGCCCAAAACAUUGUUGGAGAUAUCAAAUCUGGCCUCCAUGGCAUCCACGGCGCAGGCGAAGCCCUCCGGGGUGGCGCAAUGGAAGUACUGGAUACCGUCUUCCACAAAACAGAGGGUGAGGAGAGGAAUCGAGAGAUCGCCGAACAAGGUCUGGCGGAGAUGAGGGGGAGCGAAGGCCGAUUUGAAGAGCGACACCAUCAGUAUGAAGCACAUCAUCUAGGAACUCAGCACAGGGCAGAAAAAGAUCACCACCACAACACCAAUCACGGACAGGGAAGCCAUUUCGCCGACGCUCGUUCCAAGGACUUGGCAGCUGAAGAACAACGUAAAGCGACGGGAAUCGUGUCUGAGGAGGGCGACAGCUUGAGCGCCGCAAGGGCGGCUAUGGAGGGAAAGUAUUAA